GACGAAGCCGGGAGCGAAGUUUCUGAAGGAAUCCAGCCAACCGUGAUCCUGAGCGGGCGAAGGCGUGUCUGUGGCCUGAAUAUGAACACGCCAAGUGGCUCUCACUGUCAUUAGGAGCUCAAAGGGGCUGGAGGGAGUGCGAGCACACCACUUCCCUUGCUAAAAGACUGAUACAACUUCAGUGGUGGAAAACUGCGAACAAAAAUGUCCCAACAAGCAGUGAACGGGGUGUCGAGCCGGGGCAAGGUGUUGACUUUGGACAACAUGAACCCCUAUGUGAAGCGGGUCGAGUACGCGGUCCGUGGUCCCAUCGUCCAGCGGGCGGUACAGAUCGAGAAGGAGCUGAAAGAGGGUGUCAAGAAACCUUUCUCAGAAGUCAUCAGGGCUAACAUCGGUGACGCCCAUGCCAUGGGCCAGAAACCAAUCACAUUCCUCAGACAGGUCCUGGCUCUGUGUGCUUACCCUGAACUCCUGGAAGACAGCAAGUUUCCAGAGGAUGCCAAAGCACGAGCGCGCAAUAUUCUUGGGGCCUGCGGAGGCGGCAGCAUAGGGGCAUACAGUGCCAGCCAGGGGAUUGAGUACGUACGCAAGAAUGUGGCAAACUACAUAAAGAACAGAGACGGUGGCAUCCACUCAGACCCCGACAACAUCUACCUCUCCACUGGGGCCAGUGACGCCAUUGUGACAAUGCUGAAGCUGCUGGUGUGCGGAGAAGGUCGUGACCGCACAGGAGUGAUGAUUUCCAUCCCCCAGUACCCUCUGUACUCGGCUGCUCUUUCAGAACUUGGUGCUGUGCAGAUCAGUUACUACCUGGACGAGGACAAGUGCUGGAGUCUGGAUGUUGCUGAGCUCAAGAGAUCGCUGAACGCAGCGAGGCAGCACUGCAAUCCUCGCGUCCUCUGCAUCAUCAACCCUGGAAACCCCACUGGUCAGGUCCAGAGCAGGCAGUGCAUUGAAGAUGUGAUCCGAUUUGCCAAAGAGGAGCGUCUCUUCCUCAUGGCUGAUGAAGUCUACCAGGACAACGUCUACGCAGAAGGCUGCAAGUUCCACUCUUUUAAGAAAGUGCUGUUUGAGAUGGGACCAGAGUAUUCCAGUACAGUUGAGAUGGCCUCAUUCCACUCCACCUCCAAAUGCUACAUGGGAGAGUGUGGAUUCCGUGGAGGCUACAUGGAGGUGAUCAACAUGGACCCACAGGUCAAGGCCCAACUCACCAAACUGGUGUCGGUGCGCCUGUGUCCCCCCGUGCCCGGACAGGCUCUCCUGGACCUCGUGGUGAACCCCCCAAACACCGAGGAGCCCUCGUACACCACCUUUAUGAAGGAAAAGAACGCCGUCUUGAAAGCUUUGGCAGACAAGGCCACGCUGACGGAGCAGAUGUUCAACAAAGUACCUGGUAUUAAAUGUAACCCAGUCCAGGGAGCCAUGUACACCUUCCCUCGCAUCACUCUACCUCAGAAGGCCAUCGACAAAGCUAAGGAGGAGGGCCAGGUCCCAGAUAUGUACUACUGCAUGAGGCUGUUGGAAGAGGAGGGAAUCUGUCUGGUGCCAGGAAGUGGCUUCGGCCAGAGAGAGGGAACCUUCCACUUCAGGAUGACCAUCUUGCCCCCGGCUGAAAAGCUCAAGGUGGUGCUGCAGAAGAUCAGCGAGUUCCACUUACGAUUUACACAGGAGUUUUCCUAACAAUCCUCCACCUUCUGAAUGUAUCUCGACAACCAACUUGUUCAGUGCCAGUAUAUUUCAGUGAACGAGGCAGCAGCCUUCUGCAGUACCGAUCUAUCACCUCAAGGACUGUGUUAAACAUUAGAUCAGGUUUUGUUUAGCAUCAGAAUUCAGUUAAUUUCUUAAGACAGACUUCCUGUUCCUAGGGACAUACAGUUUGUGAAGUUGUAAAGAUUGUCACUCCAUGAUGCACUUUCUUAAAGUAUGACCUGGUCAGGGUUUGUCUAAAAAGAUGUCUUAGUGCUUUAUCAGUAGUGUCAGAUCUUUCAUCUUAUUACAGAUGCUACAGGUGUCAAGGUGAAUACAGCCAAAUGGUUAACGGUUAAUGGUUAACAUGUUAGAAGUUUACUUGCUAAAUCUUUGCACCAUGUUGACAGAUGUCGUCUGAUAUGUGUGUAGCCAUUUGUAUGAUUUUUAAAUUGUUCUUAAAUGUGAUUAAAACUAAUACUUAUUUUAUGAA